AGUUUGUGAGAAACCAUCAGAGAGUGAACAGACCAAGAGUGAAAUGGAGUAGGAACGCUAAAAUUGAAAGAAAAACUCAAAGAAGUUUUUUUCUUUAAAUGAAAACAUCGGCCUUUGUGUGUGUCUCGCUAUAUUAGCGUUUAACAAUCAUCAGUUUUUUAAACCAUUACCAUCCAUCCCACUGAAGAAAAAGAUCUGGAAUAGGCAAAAACAGGAAAAUUCCAGAGCAAAGUGAUUUAAAAAGUGCAAACCAAGAAAAUAAAGGAAACAAAUUUUCAUUUUUCUUAUCGAAAUUGAAUGUUUUCCUUCCAACAACCCACAAUACACCACACAGCGCAAUUCAAAAGUUGUUUUUGAAAAGGAAAUUCGAAGAAAGUUACGUUUUUCCUAAUAAAAAUCGGAUAUAAUAGCAGGAAAACCUAAAAAGUUCAUCAGAUGUUGAAAAUUUUAAAAGAAGAAGGAGAAACCGAUAUUUAAUAUAUGCCAGAGGUCUUAAAGAACGUUUGUAAAGCUGCGAUAAAAAUAAAGUGAUUUUCUCGUUGGAAACAAGAAUUAAAUAAUAUUCCAAAGAGCACCCAAUAUUUGUUGAAAGAACCACCAUUUGAAGAUUUAAAUAAACGUAAAAAUUAUUCAAUUUUUGAGAAAAUCAUAAAAAGUAGCGAAUCUGAAAGAUAGAGAAGGAAAGAGUGUGAAAGAGAAGCUGCAGAAAAAUGGUGGAACGAAUUGUUGAAGAGGAAAAGACAUCGGAUGUUAAUUAUGAAAAGCAAGAACCGCUCACUCCAACAGUAGCGGAAGUGACUCGUUACAGCAGCGAGGAAAUGAAUUCGGGAAAUGAAUCGAACGAAGCUCGUGAAUGGACCGAACAAGAGCGACAAGCUGAUUUCAAUCGCCAUAAGGAGGAGUUGCUUAAGCGUAAACGCCGCCGAAAGAAACGUACUAGCUCAUCAAUUCAAUCAAGCUGCUUUCAAGAAUUGUAUAAAUUGACGGGAGAGAUUUUGGGUGAAGGUGCCUAUGCCUCAGUACAAACAUGUAUAAAUAUUUACACCGAUGUCGAGUGUGCCGUAAAGAUUAUCGAGAAGAUACCGGGCCAUGCCAGGGCCCGAGUUUUUCGUGAAGUUGAAACUUUCCACCAUUGUCAGGGACAUCCCAACAUUUUACAACUGAUCGAGUUCUUUGAAGAUAAGGAGAAGUUCUACUUGGUGUUUGAGAAAAUUAAUGGAGGUCCACUAUUGGCGCGCAUUCAAGAGAACAUCUGCUUUUCGGAACAUGACGCCGCACAAAUCAUGAAAGAGAUCGCAUCGGGAUUGAACUUUCUCCACAAGAAAGGCAUAGCCCAUCGUGACUUGAAGCCGGAAAACAUCCUUUGUGUAAACACUGAUACAAUCUGUCCUAUAAAAAUUUGUGAUUUUGAUCUCGGUUCGGGAAUAAACUUUACGACUGACGUCUCCGAAUCUGUUGCAACACCACAGUUGUUAACACCAGUUGGAUCGGCUGAAUUUAUGGCACCAGAAGUAGUCGAUCUAUUUGUGGGUGAACGUGAAAGCAGUUAUGAUAAGCGAUGUGAUUUGUGGUCAAUGGGAGUGAUUGCUUACAUUUUAUUAUCUGGCUAUCCGCCGUUUUCUGGCAAUUGUGAAGAAGAUUGCGGCUGGAAUCGUGGCGAAAAUUGCCAAAGAUGCCAAGAACUGUUAUUUGAGUCAAUUCGUGAAGGACGUUUUAGUUUUCCCGAGAACGAAUGGCGAGACGUAAGUGAUGAUGCAAAAGAUUUAAUUAAUCACCUGUUGGUAAAAGAAGCAUCCAAACGUCUAUCAGCUGAAGCUGUUCUUAACCAUCCCUGGAUUAAAGUCGCUGAUGAAGAUUGUGACAAUGAGAAGCGCCAUCGAGCGCUGAGAACACCAGGGAUUAUUCGAAGCAAUCAAUCAGCUCGUAAAUUAUCUCAAUUUGCUGAAUCGGCAAUGGCUGUGAAACGAGUAAUUUUACAACAAUUUUCCAUGCAACUAAACUAUAUGAACAAGGAGCGAUCUAACAUUUACCAACCAUCGGCACAACAGCAGCAAAAAAUGGCCGAUUCUAACUUUAAGAUGACAGAAAUGUUGCAUAAGAAUUCACAUCACACAGCAUCUUCUGGUAGCGAUGAUGAGCAUUAUGAGUUUAAACGUGAUAGUGAAUCAGCUGAUUCAUGCGACUCGCAUCCAACAACGUCAUCGGAUACAUCUGAUGAAGACAUUCAGACAAUUCUGGACAAUGUUUUGAUUAACAACAGCAACAAUAAUGCCAUGAAUAAUAUCAUUAAAAAAUGCGAUGAGGUACAUUCGUGCACAAAAUCAGUAGAUUCGCCUCUACAAUCACGACGACGCAAACAAUGCGAACCACUUCUCAUCAUUUGUCCAACGCCCAGUGGUUGAAAAGAAGUUUUUUCUUUCAUUUUGCUGAAAAAUUAUCAUUUCAUCUUUUUUUCAUUUCAUUUCUUUUCUUUUCGUCUUUUCUUAACCAUCCAUGUUGAGGGAAAAUUCAACUUUAAGUUAUUAUAAAUAUUAAAUUCUUUUGAAAGAACAAAAGAAGGGAUCCAAACCUCAUUCAUUGAUUUGGGAUUGAUGACAGUAUUUUGAAUGCGUUUGUAACACAUUUCUUGAUAUACGAACAUCAUUCCAAACUUACAUAAUAAUUUCGUGUUUUUUUUUUGUCAUGUUGGAGAUCGUACGGUAAUCGCAUCAAUCAGAGAAAAAUAAGGAAAAUAAGUUUAAGGAAGAACUUUGGAAGUGCUGAAUGAAACUUUCAAUAAUUUAAUGUGACAAGAUAACGAACGAUCUUCAACCGAUGAGGUUUUUCUUUCUUUAUUUCCUUAAGACACUGCAAAUUUGUCCACUUUAUUUUCCUUACAAUAAUUUUGUCUUUAAUAUUAAAAAUGCAAAGAUGAAAAAGAAAAGAUUUUAGUUUGGUGAAGAAAACAAAAAAAAUACAAAAAUAUCUACUUAAAAAAUCAUUUUCAUUUCAUGUCCCUUUUCCUUAUUAAUUUUUAAUUUAAUUUCAAUCCAAUGAAAUCUACUUUUAUACUGAGCAAAAAUAAACAAGAUGAAAAAUCUGGAAAUGCAACAACGAAAAAUAAAACCAAACAAAGAAUGUUUUUUUGAAUUAACAUAUAAAAGUUUGAUAAUUGGCACAAAAAGCAAAAACAUAAAAUAAAAUAUUAAGAAUUGGUUGAAAUGUUGAAUUUAAGGAAAAGAAAAUGUCGUAGCUGAUGAUGAAGUUUGUGGUUGAUGUCACUUCCGUUUUGAAAUCGGAAGGCUGUGAUGUAGUUAGAAACGCCCUCUACGGGUACUGCAUGAGUGAUGUAAUAACUCGUUAUCUACACAUUCAUAUGAAUUGGACUGAAAUGGGGGCGAACGCUUGGCGGGGCUUUCGAUGAAAGACUGUUAUUCUCAGGAAUAGAAUCGUGAAAAAACUUUUUUUGUACAAUUAAAGACUUUAUCGAAGGCGUCUUUUGGAAGGGUUAAUAAUUUGGGGACUAUUUUUAAUAUGGCCAUAUCAAAAUCUAUGUCAAUCAUGUUCUCCAAUUGAGUUAUCGUCAGCUACCGACAAGAAAAAAAAAAUACAAAACAAAAAUUUAUAUUAAGAAUGUGAAAAGAAAAUUGGAAAAGAAGAAAAAUGUUGUGAAUGCUCAUCCUGAAAAGGAGUAAAAAAUUUCCUUAAAAAAUCCUCCCAUGUUUCAUAAAGAGUGAUGUAAGUAGAGACAUUAACUAAUCAAAUUGCCAUUUGUUGCAUUGGAACUGUUCUUAUCUUGUAAGCGAUUUGAAGAUUUGUUUAUCCUCCAUUCUAACAAUAACAUCUUAACAAUAAUCUUAUAAAAAGAAAAAUUCUACGCGAAAUAAUUAAUAAACAAGUUAGUUGAGUAAGAAAGUAGAAAAAGAACUUUGAUGAACUUUAAGAAAGAAUGAUGCUUACGCAAAAUAUUUCGAGUCUCCUUUCUAUCCCCCAUUUGCACUUACAUAAAACAUAACUUUAAAGAAAGGAUAACAAAAUGAAGCAACAAACAACAACAAGAAAAAAAAACUUUAUAUGGAAUAUUUAUCUAUAAACUUCUCUCCCUCUUUAUCCCUCUUUGCAAAACAUUUCAAAAUCCCUCAAUUAACUACCCGUCUCCUUAAAAAAAUAUAAAAUAUAAAAAAAAAUACAAAACUUUUAUAUUAAAUGAACGCUUUAAAUGAGAAUGAUGAAGAAAUUUUUUUAUUUUAACCUUUUUUACGAGAGAAAUAAACAAAACAAAAUGAAAAAAAUUAAGAGAAAAAUAAGUGUUAAGGUCAAAAUACUUGAGGCUAAUGUCGGAUGUUGUGAGAUAUGUGAUGAGCUUUUGAGUUGGAAAGCGCCUCAUGCCAAGGACGUUAGUCGCUUCAGUACUAUACGAUACUAAGCAAUAUGUUUUGGUAUCCGAAGCAAAUAAUUCAGAUUGGCGGUUGAAAACAAUUAAACAAAAAUGAAGAUCGAAGAAAAAUAAGAAAGGGAAAUUCAUUUGUAAGUCUUUAUUAAUCCAGAUUGUUCAGUAUUUUUUCUAUUCGGAUGAAAAAAAAAGAAGAAAAAUCAUGAAACAUGAUCUUAUAAAAUUUAAAAAAAAUCAUUGAACUAAAAGCUGAUCGCCGAAAAGUUCUUCGGAAGAGCUGUUUCGUUGGAAAAGUAAUGUGAAGAAACUCAUGAAUGAGAUCAAAUGAGUCAGUUAGCCAGUGAAUGCGAUAAUAAGAAAUAAUUGUACCUUUGGAUGUGGUAUUUUAGCAGAGCGCACUCCAUGAUCAGAACGAAUAGUCAGAGAAAAGUUUUACUGACGUCUUUUAUUUACUUACUUACUUACUCUUAAAAGUAGAAAGAAAGCAAGUGAAGGAAUUCUCGAAAAGCAAUUAAUAAAAAGAAAAUGUUCUGAUCGAUAAAACUCUGUCUUAAAUCACAUUAACUUUAUUAAUUACUAUCAAGAUUAACCAACAUUAAAAUUUAUAUAUUUUUAUGUUUGAAAAGCGUUGAUUAAGAAAAUCUUAGAAACCAAACGCAUUAUCUGGAUAAAUUAUUUGAUUUUUCAUAUUAAAACAUUUGCAAUAUCCAUAAACAACAUCAAAUAAUUAGUUUCUUGAAUAUAAAUUAUUCGAUCAGUUUUAUUCAAUUGGAGAUAAUAAAAACCAAACAAAUAAAAUCCCAAAAAAUGAUAACAAAACAAAAAAAAAGUCAAAAAAUCAACUAAAAUCAUGGAAAAAAAAAUUGCAGAAAAAACAAUAAAAAAUGUUGAAAAAAGAAUUGAAAAUGAGUUUUGAUUUAGUAUUUAUGUUGUAAAAGUUUUAAUUUCAGGACUUCUUAAUGAAAAUCGAUCGUGUUGCUUGGUUAUUGUUCUCAUUAAUUAAGCUUAUUAGUUUCAGAUUGAUUAUUUGUUCAGCAAAGUGACACUUCACAAACUUGUUCGAUAAAUUAAGCACAAAUUCAAAGGGCUGUUCAUAGCUAAUUAACUAAAUUACAUAAUCAAAAUGUCUGUAAUAAUUUACUUAUUUAAGUAAACCUUUAAGGAUUUUUCAUCAGUAAUUUCUCAUUGAAUGAAAUUAAAUUUUAAUUGCAAAACUGGAACUGCUUCGUAAGAACUUAAUAAUUAAACUGCAUCUAAUUCUAUAGAAUGAUUACCUUCGUUAAAUCGACUAUAAAAUAUUUCUUAUUACUUAAUCGAAUAUGUGAGAACAAAAAAGUUAUUUCAGUUCACUUUUCUCUACCAUUUUAAUAAAUAUUUAAGUUUUUUUAAAAAUAGUUUCGUUCCGAAGAUGCCGUCCCAAAGAGGUGAACUUAUUCCAAAGCCUUUGUCAUGGUUUACAAAAUGAUGAUUGUAGUGAUAACGCUUCAGAUGAUAAAAAUAUUUGUUUGUUGGACUUCCAUGAUGAAUGUAAAAGUGAAUCAUAUCGUAGCACAAAUAUCCAAUCAAUCCU